GCGGUGCCCUCUCCCAAAACUCCUGAAGGGACUACGCGAUAACCUGUUAUUGAGAAAGACCCGCGGCAGAACCCCCAUCGCAGCUACCGCGCGGCGACGAGUUCAGCCAGGACUUCGUUGUUGUGAUCGGCGGACAGGCGCGGCCGACGAAUUUUACAGGGUCUCGGGAGGACCGCAAGAGGGCGAGAGCCAAUGUAGCAGCGGUUCUAACCAGUCUUUGUCAUCGUCGACCAAGGAGAACGGAUCCAUGGAGAAAGCCAACCAGGUGUACCGCUACCCCAAGGCCUCAGGCUUGCUGCUGGGGGCCGGCGUGGUGGCCUACUGCUCCACGGUGCUGCUCCUGAUCAGCUUUGCAAGCCCCUACUGGCUCGAGUCCUACCAGGAGGCCAACGCCGAGUUUGUGCGACUCGGCCUGUGGGACGUGUGCUUCCGCAACUACCGGCACCCCUCGUACCAGUACGACGAGACCUUCAAUGGCUGCCACUGGGUCCACUCCUACGCCUACCAGAACAUCAGGGACUGGCUCCUGCCUGGCUGGUUCAUGUUUGUGCAAUCCAUGAUGACCUUAGCGCUCAUGUUUGCUUUCACCGCACUGGUGCUGGUCAGCAUUCUUCUUAUGCGAUUUCUGCUACGCUUCGAGAUCAUCGUUCUUAUGGUCGCCUUUAUCUUGGAAGCCAUCACGUCGAUCCCGCUGUUCCUGUCGGUGGCCGUCUUCGGGGGCAUGUGCUUCGAGCGGUCUUGGCUCCAGAACCCCAUCUACAACCACCUGUCGUGGGCCUACGCCCUGGCUGUGGUGGCCUUUUUCUUUCACACCGUGGCUGCCAUGAUGCUGCUCGGCGAGACCCUCAAGGCCCGAGAGCGCCGGCGGCGGGCCAACAACCUCAUCUACAACAUGCAACCCAGGCUGAUGAGCGGUACGACAGAACCGGCGGCGCGCCUUUACCUCUUUCCCGCCGACGGGACGUCCGUCUGAGUCCGGGGUCAAAAGCGCGAUUUCGCAUCAGGGGCCCACACCCUCCCCCCUCACAGACCCAGUUCCGACGGUCUGACAAGAGACUACGCAGCGGCACCGGCCUCCCCAGAAGUGCUCCUGCCAAUCACCCGCAUUUUCACGUGAAGCACACACAUUGUAGUACUAGUGCAGCAGCUGGCCUGCAUACCACAAGCUCUAGUCUACCGCGGCCAACGGUGCCCACAGCCAUGCCUGUCCAUUUUUGCAGCUAGGGGCCUUUUUACAGGUCAGCGUUUAUAUCGAUCUGCGAUCUGCACGCCUUCUGCGCCUAAACUCUUUCCAGAAACCGUGAGGAAAGUCGAUCGUUCCCUCAAAUUAAAACAAGCGAGAUUUGUGGCCUUAGAGACUGCGCAGAUAAAACAGCUUUUCCCCCGGUUUAUCUUCCAGACUGUCCAGCUUUUGUAAUGAAACUUGUGUGAGAGUGUGUGAAAUGCCUGUGUGAAUUUGUCACCAUUUUAAAAGCUUGCCUGGACAUGGACACUUGUGUUUCUGAGGAAGCAAUAUGGUAUAGACUGACAAACUGUUUUGCUACCAGUUUUGUACUACUUUUUUCAACCUACCCUGUGACAGCGUUUGCACCGCACCGAAGCUAUGUACUGAAGUCAGCUACUUGUUGCUGGAAAUGUAUUCAUUUUUUUACAUGGAGGAAAAAUAAUAAAAAUCUCUUUUUCUACA